AUGCUAACGGUAGAGCAUAUUGUUGUCAUCACGGCGGAUGGACGGACACUCACAGGUUUGCUAUGCGGCUUUGACCAGACCACCAAUCUCAUCAUCUCUGAUACAGAAGAGCGCAUCUUCUCUCCUGAAGAGACUGUCCAAGUUGAACCACUCGGCCUGUAUCUACUAAGAGGCGAAAAUGUUGCUAUUAUCGGCGAAGUUGAUCCAGCCCUCGAACAAAGCAUAGACUGGGAGAAGGUCAAAGGCAAUCCUAUCAAAGAAACAAAAGUAUUUGCUUGA